CCACGACUGCUUCAGCGGUCACGUGACAGGCAGCCCGCCAAUCAGAGCGCGUCACAGACAGUCCCGAGCUCACCAACAGCGUCCUCGGGUCCAGCCACUGCCGCGACCGACUCCUCUUGGCGACAUCGGUGGCUAGGUGGGGGGGGGGGCUUGUUUUGAUUAAACUUUACGGAUUUUCUUUUCGUGGUUUUGCCGUCGCACCGUCUCGCUUGAACCCCAGGAUGUUCUGCGCUCUUUUUACACACUAUUUAAUCAGCCGUUCAUCGCACCCCGGCGGAGGGAUAAACUUUGGAGCAAGUGGUCUUAAAGAGGAGAAAAGCAACUUUUUUUUUCCCCCGAAACGCUGUACCAGUCAACGGACUGACCUAUGCUAAGCUAACCCGCUAGCCCAAAGUCUGGAAUGCAUUGGGAAUUCCCGGUAAAGGUUCACAGAGAAGAACGAGCAGACUUCACGUUUCGCCACACGGCUGCUACAUGCACUUUACCAGCGAGCCUGCCGGGGAAAAGCAGCCGGCCGGAGGCUCCGUGUGCGUGUCCAGAGCGGACGGUGCAGGUGCACCUCCCGCGGCACCUGCGGAAACUUGGUAACUUAGCUCCAAUCGGCGACGGGCUAACUUUUAGCCGGUUUAACGCAAAAGCCCCAAGCAUAAACUGUUCCGAGAGAGCCAUGGUGUCCUCGCAGACAUAAUUUGAAGCCUUGGCCGAUACUUCCCAGCUUUAUGUCGCUGCUCCACCACCAGCCCGUGGAGUGUGGCGUCUGCUGAAGCGUAAUUAGGCUAACUUUAGCCACCAGCAGCAGCCUCGCUAGCUGCUCGUUGACCCUCACACUUUUUCACCGGAGUGGCGACGUGGAUAGAGGCUUGUAUGCACUCGGUAUCUCCCACAGGACUUUGGACACAGUUUACAUCCGUCGUGAGCUGCGCAGGGGAUCCGUUCCUCCUCUUUUGCGGAUAGCCUCGCAAAUGUGGCACCGCGAUGAUUUUCUAAAGUUACGUUUGACUUUUUUUUAAAGUUUAGAUUUUGUCCUGAAAGCUCCGCACCCUAUGGUGCCGCUACGGCCACCGAGAAAUGGAUGUCUCGCAGGCCGCUUUCCCAAACGGUGAAGGGCGGCCGGGCGGCGGCGGUGGGACCGGGGAGCAUGCCUGGACGGAGUCCCCCACCGGCCGGGCGUGGGCUCACUCGGCCCCACUGUGCCCCACUCGGUCCCUGUGGACGGCCGCGUACGACUACGAGGCGAGCGGCGAGGACGAGCUCAGCCUCCGGCGAGGGGACGUGGUGGAGGUCCUGUCCAAGGACGCCGCGAUAUCCGGAGACGAGGGAUGGUGGACGGGCAAGAUCAACCACCGGGUCGGGAUCUUCCCCUCCAAUUAUGUUACUUACCAGCCCGCUAUUUACCGUCUCCCUGCGGCUGCCGGGUCGGUGGGGGUCCCGGAGCAAGUCCCGAGCCCUCCCGUCCGGAUCCCCUUCGGCGAACUGGUGCUGGAGGAGAUCAUAGGCGUGGGUGGAUUUGGCAAAGUUUACCGGGGCACGUGGAACGACCAGGAGGUCGCGGUGAAAGCGGCUCGCCAUGACCCGGACGAGGACAUAACGGCCACCGCCGGCAGCGUGAAGCAGGAAGCCAAGCUUUUCUCCAUGCUCCAGCACCCGAACAUCAUUAAGCUGGAAGGGGUAUGCUUGGAGGAGCCCAAUUUGUGCCUGGUCAUGGAAUACGCUCGAGGGGGGACGCUGAACCGGGCGCUGACCGGAAGGCGCAUUCCUCCACACAUCCUGGUCAACUGGGCCGUGCAGAUCGCACGCGGGAUGCAAUAUCUACACGAGGAGGCCGUGGUCCCAAUUAUCCACCGUGACCUGAAGUCUAGCAACAUUUUAUUACUUGAAGUAAUCGAGAACGACGACAUUGGAAGGAAGACGCUGAAGAUCACUGACUUCGGCUUGGCCCGGGAGUGGCACAAAACCACCAAGAUGUCCGCGGCAGGCACCUACUCCUGGAUGGCCCCGGAAGUGAUCAAGUCCUCUCUCUUCUCCAAAGGCAGCGACGUCUGGAGCUACGGCGUCUUGCUGUGGGAGCUGCUGACGGGGGAAGUGCCGUACCGAGGGAUCGACGGCCUGGCCGUCGCUUACGGCGUCGCGGUCAAUAAGCUAACGCUGCCCAUCCCUUCCACCUGCCCUGAGCCGUUUGCCAAACUCAUGGAAGAGUGCUGGGACCAGGACCCCCACGUGCGGCCCUCCUUCUCCUGCAUCCUGGAGCAGCUGUCGGCCAUCGAGGAGGCGGUGAUGGCCACCAUGCCGCAGGACUCCUUCCACAGCAUGCAGGACGACUGGCGCGUGGAGAUCCAGGAGAUGUUCGACGAGCUCAGGACCAAAGAGAAGGAGCUGCGUUCCCGGGAGGAGGAGCUGACCCGGGCGGCCCUGCAGCAGAAGUCUCAGGAGGAGCUGCUGAAGCGGCGGGAGCAGCAGCUGGCCGAGCGGGAGAUCAACGUGCUGGAGAGGGAGCUCAACAUCCUCAUCUUCCAGCUCAACAAAGACAAGCCCAACGUGAAGAAGAGGAAAGGCAAAUUCAAGCGCUCGCGCCUGAAGCUGAAGGACGGGAACCGCAUCAGCCUGCCCUCAGACUUCCAGCACAAAAUCACCGUGCAGGCGUCGCCCUCCAUGGACAAGAGGCGGAGCCUCCACAGCACCAGCUCCUCCCCCCCCAGCAGCCCCACGCUCAUCCCCCGGCUCCGAGCCAUUCAGCUUACUCAAGACGAGAGCAACCGCACGUGGGGCCGCAGCACCCUCUUCAGGCCAGAGGAGUUCGACGACGUGAAAAAGGGAAUCAAGAAGAAAGGAAGGACCUGGGGCCCCAGUUCAGUCCAGAGCAAAGAGAGACCGGCCGCCGCCGAGAGAGUGCGUCCUCUGUCGGACGGCAGCAACCCCUGGUCCACCAGCCUGAUGAAGUCCCAGAAGUCCGUGCCCCUCGCCGCCCUGUUUGUUGAGCAAGCCGGGGCGGGCAAAGACGAGGCCUACUCCCAGGAAUGUCCCGACAGCAGCUCCAAACCAAAGCAGCUCAAGUUCCCCAACCAGGUGUACAUCGACCUACCUCUGUGGAGGGACGAGCAGCAGCCCCAGAGCCCCGGCGGGGGCCACGGCCCGGGAGAGGCCGGGCCGGGCGCCGCCAGCCCCGGCGCCGCGCCCGAGACCGCCGCCGACGACCCCUGCACCACCACCUCCACCUCCUCCGCCUCCACCACCCCCCAGCUCACCCCCACCAACAGCCUGAAGAGGUCGUCGGCCCGCCGGAGGACGGACUCGGUCCUGUACGGCUGCGGCUCGCUGCUGGCCUCCGUGGUGCUGGGCUACGACAUCAGGGAGGCCCUGAGAAGCUCCGCCCCCGCCGAGGACCCCGAGCCCCCCAAAGAGGAGAGGGAGAAGAAGAAGAAGGAGGGCCUGUUCCAGCGCGCCACCCGCUUCCGCCGCAGCACCUCGCCGCCGGGCGGCCGCGCCCGCAGGGAGGAGGCGCCGCCCGCCCCCCCGCCCGUCAACCUGGUCUCCAUGUCGGCCAUCGUGGAAUGCAACUCCACCAAGCAGCAGAGGGAGGAGAAGCCCCCGGCGGGGGAGGCGGCCCCCCGGCCGCGGCCCGUGUCCUUCCGGGCCAAGCCGCACGCCUGGGCGCUGCUGCGCGGGCGCAACAAGAGCUACUCGCUGGGCCACUACUCCGGGGAGAAGGCGGCGCAGAGCCUGAGCCUGGUGCUGGCGGCGGAGGUGGGCUGCUCGCUGCUGGACAUGGACACGGAGGGCCAGAAGCGGGACUGCACCGUGCCGCUGUGCCGCAUCCAGAGCUCCCCGGCGCGGCCCUCCGUCUUCGAGCUGGAGAAGGAGUUCCUGUCGUGA